CGUGACAGUGGGAGCAGACUUGUGGCUCGUGACUCAGUGGGACCCUAGUGUGGCUCAGUCGAGUUUAUUUCAGGACAAUGCCACGAAAUCAGCAAUAUUUUCGGUUUUUAUCGUCAAUUGGAAAGGAUAUGCGAAGUAUAGUCUCGACGUGACUCUGAAGAUGGACAAUCGUGCGAAUGAAGACGUGUUCACUUACACUGAGCUGCCUUCAAACGGCGAUCAGAUGGAGGCGGGGAUUUGGUCACUAGUUCUUACUCACCCCGGAUUGGAUUGCUUGAUUGAAGUCGACGAGUUCGUGAUGUUUCCUGGAGAAGACCUAGAUCUUAGAAGAUCAGAGCAAAACAAUUACAAUGAAGGAAAACCAAGGAACAACUGUGGUGUGCUCGAAAGUAAUUCUGGUGCCCUACAAAAAAGAACAUGUACCCAAGCAAGUACACAUUCUUUAAGCCAUUUCCGGGAAUUUCCGCGAGGAUUUUAUGAUUUAAUACAUUCAAGGUAUCACUGUUGGAUGGAAUCCGAAGAACUGAGGAUAUUGACUGCCUCGGAAAGACUCACUCUUGAGGAGGAGUACUUGAAUCAAGUUUCGUGGAUGGAAGAUCCGAAUAAAUGCACGUUCAUCAUUCUGGAGAAGACGAAGUAUGACGAAUCUUUGGAUGAAAUCGUCUCUAUGAUCGGGGAUGUGAACCUGUUCCUGCAGUUAUCUUCAGAUGAUGAUCCUGAGUCCGGCGAUGGGAAACUUUGUCAACCAGUUGCUGAAAUUGAAAUCAUGAUUGCGGAGGAUGCAGCACGAGGCAAAGGUUUAGGCAAAGAAUCUCUGCUUGCAAUGAUUAUUUUUGGACGUACAAUUCUGGGGAUCAAUCGUUUCACGGCGAAAAUCGGAUUUGAUAACCAUGCGAGCAUAUCUUUGUUCCGGAAUGUCGGAUUUAUUGAGGCAUGUUGA